UUCUCCACUUUCUUGCUGGGAUGCUUAUUUACUUUUAUGCGUAUUUUACCAAUUAUUAUAUCUGCAGUUUAUUAAAUUUAAUUUAUCCAUAACCUUUAUUAUCUAUUUAAUAGAGUACACAGUUUUAUUGCAGGUUUACUCAGCUCAAGGAAGUGACCACAUUCUCAGUUCAGGUCAAUGUGUACUUUUAUAUUGUGAUGUGUUAUAUCUCAAAGCUGGUUUAUCCGAGGGGUUUGAGAAAUUCAAUUAAUUUUUAUUCAAUUUGAACAUUAAACAUUAUAUCAAACGUACUUCAAAAUAAUAUGAUAUUUCCAAUAAUAAAUAAAUAAUUUUCAUUAAAGCAUACGCCACUUGCACACUUUAGCACCUCCCUCGGUCAGUGCGACAAAUGUUUAUUAGAAUUUCGCAAUUAUAUCCCGGUGUUAGAUACAUAAAUAAAAUUUAAUUAUAGUCCUGUUAUGGUGAUAUUGCUUAGCGCACUUUUAGUCUAUUAAAUCCGACCAAUCAUUUAUAAGGCACAUGAAAUGAAAACGAAAUGCCAGAAGGUUGUUAAAGUCAAGCUGUUUAGACGUUUCCUCAAUUCUCUACGACAGUUUCAGCAUUAAUCAGAGUAAUUGAAAAUGAAGAAACUCCGCAAGCCAGAAAUCAAAACGAACGAUUCUUUUACGUGGUUACUUCGAAAUUGGGAACUAACUGGCAUAAAGCUUUUGCAUCCGUAUAAAUUCUUAAAUCUGUUACACAUAGUUUUCAGCUGGAUUCUGAUCGUACUAAGUCCGAUAUCGAUGGGUACUGUUAUAUUUAAUACCAUGGGCGAUACCUCGAUGACUGUAACACUUACCAGUUUCCAAGCAUCGCUUAAUGCUUUAUUGUUACCGUUCAGGACGCUAGUAAUUACUAUAAACUUUAAGCGUUUGCGUAGUGUCGAACAGAUUUUCGAGAAUUUGGAUCAAUUCUAUGUAAGAGAAGAGGAACGCUUGGAAAUUAAAAAUUGCGAAAAGACUUGCAGACGCCUUUUUUUUACAAUCUUUAUUUUAUAUAACAUUUACGGUGUAAGCACUUGGUUAGUUACGCUCUUUGCGCACAAUCGCGAUAUGUUUUGGCUUCUUUUUAUCGAUUGGAUACCGUAUCAGCCCCUACGACACUGUUUACACUUUCUUUCCGAAGUGGUUAUGAUACAUUUCUUACUGCAAGCCAGUGUGUCGAGUGAUACCUUUCCGGCGAUUUAUAUACGUGCCUUACGCACCCAUAUUAAGCUGUUGACGGGCCGCGUCAGUCGUUUAGGCACGAACUCUGUCUUUAACGACGAGCAGAAUUUUCGGGAAUUAGUAGCUUGUAUAUCAUCGCAUCAGCAGAUACUGCAGGUGGCGGAUAUCGUUGGUUCGAUUUUCUCAUUGACCAUUUUUUUGCAACUCGCAUUCGGCGCGGCUAUUUUAUGCGUUUGCAUGCUUAACAUAUUCAUAUUCGCCGAUACGAUGCACAAGGUUACCACGAUUGUAUACUAUCUGGUUGUUUUGAUGCAAACUGUACCCAGCUGCUAUCAGGCAUCAAUGCUCGAGGCGGACUGCGCUAAGUUGCCACACGCGAUCUUUCAUUGCAAUUGGCUGGAUAUGGAUAAACGCUUUCGCAAGCUCAUCAUCUAUUUCCUGCAUCACACACAGACGGAAAUAACAUUCACUGGAGUUAAACUAUUUAGAAUCAAUUUGAGCACCAAUUUAUCGGUUCGUAAUAUAAUAUCUGAAUUGCCAAAUUCUCGUUUACACUGUACACAUUCAUGAAUAAAAUGGGAUUUGGGAAGAACGUAAAGGAAUGCUUGGAAUAAUCGUUAACGGAUAGUUGAAUUCACAAUGAUUUUUUCACUUAUUGAAUAUAUUCUUAAUAUUUAAAUGCAACACUUAAGUAGUUCCCAUAUAGCAUUUGCAUAUAUAAUCUUAAAUAUAACAAUAAUUCUUAGAAUUACUUUCCACAGAACACAAAAGCUUUUAUAACAGUUCCGAUGGUUUUUAUGAAAAAAUUUUUAUAUUACUGUUUCUUAGAGGUAUCGGAUGGCAAGAAUCUUUUAAGUAGAGAGGAAUCUCGAAAUAACAAAUCCAUAGUGAAACCUGUUAUGUGUUAUACCAUAAAUAUAAUUUC